AUGGCUGACGUUGCUACACCUGAUUCCAAGCCUGUCCACGGGGCACCCUACCCGGCCAAGACAAAGACUGCCACCGGCACAGUCAACGGCGUGCCUACGGAGGCGGAGGUCUCCUACUUUCGCGACAAGAUUCUUGUCCUCGUCUCCCAGUCGGGACGUCUUGCCCAAUGGAUCCAAGUACCACUGUCCGCCCCGUCUGCCGCCUCUGUUGACGCCGCCCUCUCGCUCGGCGUCCGCAGUGGCAGUAAUCCCGCGACAGGCCUGCUCCCCUCCACCCACCUGACACCGCGCACGCUCUUUGGGGCCGGUGGCGAGGCCCGCGAGACGUUUGGCCAGCUGGUGGCCGCGCAGAUUGGCAGUCUGGUGGCGCUGCGGGACCCGAGCGAGACGCGGACGCUGGUGGUGGGGUUGGGCUUGGCCGGGCCCAGUGGGAGCAGGGGAAGCGCCACAAACGAUGCCCAGGCACAGGCCGUCUACUUUGACGUGGUCGAUUUGGUGCAGAAGGCGUUGUAA